UUUCAUUUAACCGAGCACUUCGCCAAAUAUAUGCUAUUUCACAGUUUAUUGUGCCAAAAAAAAAGUACGAAAUAUCGAAGCAGCGAGCACGAAAACUUCAACGGUUUGUGUGACAUCGCACUAAUGGCAGCGCGUCAAGCAGAGAAGAAGUUGUUGGUGGCCGCAGCCAAGAACGGGCUGGCCAUCCCGUGCGACCUGGACGCCACCGCGUUCCUACUGGCUCAUCCUCGUGGCGCCUACACCGCUGCUCGCACUGUGCUGCAGACCAAGAUCUUCGACUACGACGCACACAUCCGUCGACUCGUGGAGUCGACGGUUGUCAUGCAGAGUGAGAAGCAGCUGAUUUCGAGUGCAGUGGAGAAGGAGCUGAGACCAAGAACCGAAGCCACAAUAAUCGCAGCAAUGACUGCAUUCAAGGGGCUGUACGAGGUGCAGAAGGACCAAGAGUACAAGAUCAAUGUACUGGUAUGUCCCACUGAAGGUAACAUCGGGGAGGGGGAGGUACUGGCAGACACAGACGUGUAUUGUCACGUAGGAUUCCUCCCUCCACUACGCUCCGAGAUGGUGAAGCUGGAAGUGGCAGGUCUUCCGCGUCAUAAUGCAGUGGCAAAAGACUCAGCCUGGGUGAGAGAGCGGAAGGCGAUUUAUGACAGGAUGGCUCCGGAUAUGGAGGAGGUGAUCCUCAUGGACCCAGCAACUCGACACCUGCUGGAAGGCUCGCAAACGAACUUCUAUACGAUCCAGGAUGGAGCGGUGUACACAGCGGAAGAGGGGAUUCUCAAGGGAACAGUGAGGUCCCUAGUACUGGAGGUCUGUGAGGAAAACGGGAUUCCUGUGAAGCUCUCGCCUCCAACACUGGAUGAUGUGGACAAGUGGCAGGGGUGUUUUAUAUCAAGCACAUCCAGGUUGGUGUUGGGGGCAAAGUCACUAAAAUAUGAACACCCUGAGACUAAAGAACCCAUGACGAGAAGAUUCCUGCCGAAUCCGAUCUUGGACAAAAUCACAACUGCGGUUCGUCAUUCAGUGAUCGGUAAGAGCACAGAAGUGUUCAAGUGAUUUCAGCCGGUGUUUGAAGUAUCAAUUUUUGCACCCCCGUUACGAUAAUUGCGCCGUCUUCUUCAAUCGAUAUAUCCCCGAUUGCGGAUUCUUCUGUAGCAACGGAGGUAUCAUUUUGCUUGGUUUGCUUGUCUGACUGUUGUGUAUUCUCCUCUUGCUUCUCCCAGGCCUGCAUGUUGAGAUAUGAGCGCUCUUUGCGUUGCUGCAAAGUUUCCUGACGCUUUGCUGCGCGCUCUAAUCGAAGCUGUGCUUCCGCUUCAGCCUUCGCUUUUCGCUGAUCUUCCAACCAUUGAGUUACUUUCGCAGGUACUGACAGUCCAGUCAAGAGCUUCCAUCGUACAAGUGGCC